AUGUUUCGCGCCCGUCGCUAUAGAGCUCUUCUUGUCUUUGCUGCCGUCUUUCUUCUCGCCUUUUUACAUUUUGCCCGAUCGCGCGACUGGUCCGACGCGACUCCCAUCGAGGCACCCCAGCUCGCUCGUCCCAUUUCACCAGUAACCCCAAAUACAACCCCUCAAGGAAGUGACAGGUUUGCGCCUGCUGUGCCAGACUAUAAUUCCCAUGGAUCAAGACCAGAUCAACUCAGUGCGCCAAGUAUUGAGAAGUUACCCUUGAAGGAGGAGACCACGGGGAGUGGGACGGGAUCCACGUCUAACCUCAAUUCCAAUUCUAAUUAUAUCAACAAUAACAAGGAUGUGGAUACCAGCAAGGGCUCCACUACAUCGGAGGGAAAGACCUCGAAAAUUAUCACUCCAGAGUCUGGAAGUAAAGCACUGACAUCUGAUAAGGAUGUGGAUUAUUUACUGGAAGAGAUCGAUACCGGUGGUACAGGCAAGAUGUCUGUCCUCCAUCAUGAAACAGAUGCACCUCCAGCACAUUGGAGGAAAUUCCCCGAACGAUUCCCUGUCUCCGCAGCUGAGCUCAUCAAGCUUCCGAAAGAGCGCGCAAAGUCCAUGCCCAAGUUACAGGCGAAACUUAAAGAUGAAACCACGCCCGAUAAGCAGGAACGCCUGCAGCGGCUCAGCACGAUCCGGGCGGAGUUUAAGCGUGCGUGGCUUGGAUACAAGGAACUUGCAAUGGGACAUGAUGAACUCAAGCCGUUGUCUGCUGCGUUCGAGGAUCCGUUCAAUGGAUGGGGUGCGACGUUGGUUGAUUCGCUUGAUACGUUGUGGAUCAUGGAUAUGAAAGAUGAGUUCUCUGAGGCGGUGGAUGCUGUGAAAAAGAUUGAUUUCACGACAUCUCCCCGUGAGGAUAUUCCUCUUUUCGAGACAGUCAUUCGAUACCUUGGUGGUCUGAUUGGUGCUUAUGAUAUCUCGGGACAACGAUAUGGUGAGCUUUUGGAAAAAGCGGAGGAACUCGCUGAGGUCUUGAUCGGGGCAUUUGAUACCCCUAACCGUAUGCCUGUGUUGUACUACCGCUGGACCCCGGACCAUGUUACUCGCCCCCAUCGGGCUUCAAAGGCAGCCGGACUUGCAGAGAUCGGUUCUUUGUCUUUGGAAUUUACUCGAUUGGCUCAGUUGACCCAGCAAGACAAGUACUAUGAUGCCAUUGCACGGAUCACGAAUGAGCUUGAGAAGCUACAGGAUGAGACGACCAUUCCAGGUCUGUGGCCCAUGCGCGUCAAUGCCCAGGGUUGCGCCAAGUACAAGCCUCAGCAGGUCAACCACAACUCAAAAGAGGAACCUCGCUCAGAGCCGCAGGUCCCUCUGGCGCCUACGGAACCAGAGAACACUACCACAACUAGUGCUACUACCACACUCCACAAACAUUAUACCGCACCUACGGAUGUGGAGAGCUAUCUAAAUCUAAUCUCCCGGGACUUUUCCGAUAUAGACCUCUCAGAGGCUGAGCCUGCCAACUACCACCACACCUCCGUUGCAGCAGAUGCGGAAGACCAGCUUGACCACGAAUACAAGUGUGACGGCGGACUGCUACUGCCCACCGCAAUCCGUGAGAACAAAUACACCAUGGGAGGAAUGGCCGACUCCACAUACGAGUACCUACCAAAGCAGUAUCUUCUACUAGGAGGUGCAAACGACCAAUACAAGCAGAUGUACAAGAAAGCUAUUGACGCAGCUCGCAAGAACCUUCUCUUCCGACCCAUGAUCAAGGGCCAACGCGACAUCCGGUUCAUGGCAUCAACUUCCAACCUCGAUCCCUCCAAGAAGAAUGUCGACAUGGCUACCAACUUGAUAUACGAGACUCACCAUCUGACUUGUUUUGUCGGCGGAAUGGUCGCAGUCGGAGCCAAGGCCUUCGGAAUCGAAGGAGACCUCGAUCUCGCAUCAAAGCUAACAGAUGGUUGUGUAUGGGGAUACGAGUCCACAACCACAGGCAUUAUGCCCGAGCGAUUCCGCGUUCUACCCUGUAGCAAGGAAGCAUCCUGUGAAUGGGACCAAGCGCGGUACGACGAGGAAAUCAAAAAGUUUGGCCAUGUGCGCGAUUCCGCCGCUGAGGCUCAAUUCCGAAGUGGCGAGAGUUCGUAUGGUCAGCGCGUUAAGAUGGGCACUGAUUCCAAGAGCCCGGAACCCAGUGGAAGCAUGGCUGUUCCAUUACCCAUGCCCGGCUCAGUAAAUCCACAUGAUGUUGAUCCAUACCGCAAGCGUGAUACAUUUUCCAUUGGCCGCGCAGCUUCUUCUUCUAUCCCCAAACCUGCCUCGCCAACCGGAGACCUGGAAGAUAGAGACGCACCUCGUGUCUCUUCGCCAGGUGCUUUAUCACAAACAGACCGGGAUUAUCAUCUCCCAGCGGGGAUGGUGAACAUCGGAUCAUCGGAAUACUAUCUCCGACCUGAAGCCAUCGAGUCCGUUUUCAUCAUGUUCAGACUGACAGGUGACGAUAUCUGGCGGGAGAAGGGUUGGAAGAUGUAUGAGGCGGUUUCAAGAUACACUCGAACGGAGUUGGCUAAUGCGGCCAUCACGGAUGUGAUGUCGCAGAGACCUGCACAGAAAGAUUCAAUGGAGUCGUUUUGGCUAGCGGAGACAUUGAAGUAUUUCUAUCUGCUCUUUAGUGAGACCGAUGUUGUGGAUUUGGAUAGAUAUGUUCUGAACACCGAGGCGCAUCCUUUUCAACGUCCGGUUUGA